AUGAUUUUGAAUAAAUUUGUAUUAGGGUUGUUGUUGCUUUUUCAAGUGGGCCACCCACGGAGCUUCAAGAAAAGGCGAUUCCGGAAAAGAGGAGAUACUUGCGAAGGAGUUACGUAUGAUACUUGCAAAAGCUGCCAAGAUCUGCUUCAAAUACAAGUUGAAAGCGAAAGGGGUUACUCGGAAAAUGAAACUGGCCGCCGAAUGCCGCCGAGGAUGAAACGAAUGGCCAAGUAUUGCCGAAAUCUGUGGGAACCGGCUGAGCUUCUCAUAAAAUCUCCUACUUCCGGACGGACACCCUUAAUUAUUCAUCCCCACUAA